AUGUCAGUGUCUAUGAAGGAUUUGGACCCGGCCUUCCGUGGGGCUGGGCAAAAGGAUGGCCUGGAGGUAUGGCGUAUUGAGAAUUUUAAGCCAGUUCCAGUGCCAACAUCUACUCAUGGAAAAUUUUACAUGGGUGAUUCAUAUAUCAUCUUGAAGACAACAGCAUUAAAGAAUGGUUCCUUUCGCCAUGACAUCCAUUAUUGGCUAGGUAAAGACACUAGUCAGGAUGAGGCUGGAACUGCUGCAAUUUUAACUGUGGAGCUUGAUGCUGCGCUUGGAGGACGUGCUGUCCAGUAUCGGGAAUUGCAAGGCAAUGAAACUGAAAAGCUUCUCUCAUAUUUUAGGCCUUGCAUCAUGCCACAGCCAGGAUGUGUAGCUUCUGGGUUCAACCAUGUAGAAGUCAAUGAGCAGGAGCAUUUUACCCGCUUAUAUGUGUGCAAAGGAAAGCAUGUAGUCCAUGUUAAAGAGGUUCCUUUUGCUCGCUCAUCCCUUAAUCAUGAGGACAUAUUUAUUUUGGAUACCAAGUCCAAAAUUUUCCAGUUCAAUGGUUCCAACUCUUGCAUUCAAGAGAGAGCAAAAGCUCUUGAAGUUGUGCAGUAUAUCAAAGAUACUUUCCAUGAGGGAAAAUGUGAAGUUGCAGCGGUUGAGGAUGGGAAAUUGAUGGCUGAUGCUGAAGCUGGUGAAUUUUGGGCUUUGUUUGGUGGCUUCGCUCCUCUUCCAAAGAAGUCACCUUCAGAGGAUAGUGGGGAAGAGAGUGAAAUUGUUGUCAAAUUGCUACGCGUUAACCAGGGAAAGUCGGAGCAAAUUAAUUUUGACUCCUUGGCGCGCGAGUUACUUGAGUCAAACAAAUGUUACUUGCUCGACUGUGGUGCUGAAAUGUAUGUUUGGAUGGGCAGAAAUACUUCUUUACAAGAAAGAAAGGGUGCGAGUGAAGCUGCUGAGAAACUACUCAUUGAAGGUAGCCGAACAAAAUCACAUGUUAUCAAAGUAAUUGAGGGAUUUGAAACAGUCAUGUUCAAGUCAAAGUUUGUUGAGUGGCCACCCACGCCUGAUUUGAAAUUAUCAUCUGAGGAUGGAAGAGGCAAAGUUGCAGCUCUCCUCAAAAGUCAAGGAUUAGAUGUUAAAGGCUUGAUGAAAUCUGCACCUGUGAAAGAAGAAGAAGAACCAGUGCCUUAUAUUGAUUGCACAGGCCAUUUACAGGUCUGGCGUGUAAAUGCAAAUGAAAAGACUCUUCUAUCAACCCCUGAUCAAUCAAAAUUUUACACUGGAGAUUGCUACAUUUUUCAAUACACAUAUUCUGGAGAUGACAAGGAGGAAUGUCUUUUUGGGACUUGGUUUGGGAAGAAGAGUGUUGAGGUGGAGAGGGCAUCAGCAAUUUCUCUGGCUAGCAAGAUGGUUCAGGCUGCAAAGUUCCAGGCUGUCCAGGCUCGCAUUUAUGAAGGGAGAGAACCAAUUCAGUUCUUUGUCAUAUUUCAGAGUCUUCAAGUGUUCAAGGGUGGCCUUAGCUCUGGAUACAAGAACUUCAUUGCUGAAAACGGUGAUGCGGAUGACACUUACUCUGAUGGCGGGAUUGCACUGUUCCGAAUUCAGGGCUCAGGAUCAGAAAACAUGCAAGCACUUCAAGUAGAUGCAACGGCUUCCUCCUUAAACUCGUCCUAUUGUUACAUUCUACACAAUGGAAACAAUGUGUUCACAUGGACUGGCAGCCUUACGACCUCACUGGAUCAUGACUUGGUUGAGAGGCAGCUAGAUGUAAUUAAGCCAGAUCUGCCUUCCAGGUCACAAAAGGAGGGGAGAGAAACCGACCAAUUCUGGGAACUACUGGGUGGUAAAUCCAAGUAUACGAACCAAAAAGUAGGAAGAGAGCAUGAAAGUGACCCUCAUCUUUUCUCAUGCAUCAUAUCCAAAGGAAAUAUAAAGGUCAAAGAAAUACACCACUUUACUCAGGAUGAUCUGAUGACAGAGGAUGUUUUCGUUCUUGAUUGUCACUCGGACAUAUUUGUUUGGGUUGGCCAGGAGGUAGAUGCCAAAGUAAAAUCACAAGCUAUGGAUAUUGGAGAGAAAUUUCUUGUUCUUGAUUACCUUAUGGAAAAACUUUCACGAGAGACUCCAAUAUUCACUGUGUCAGAAGGCAGUGAGCCACAAUUUUUUACUAGGUUCUUCAACUGGGAUUCGGCAAAAUCUUUGAUGCAUGGUAGUUCAUACCAGAGGAAGCUUGCCGUCCUCAAGGGUAGAGCACCUCCAUCACUGAAUAAACCAAAGCGACGAACACCUGCAUUUACAGGAAGAAGCUCGGGACAAGAUAAAUCUCAGCGCUCGAGAAGCAUGUCCACCAGCCCGGACCGUCCGCGUGUUCGCGGAAGGUCUCCAGCCUUCAAUGUGUUAACUUCAGCCUUUGAGAACCCAAGCAAUACCAGGAAUCUUUCCACCCCUCCUCCUGCUAUCAGAAAGUUGUUCCCGAAAUCUGGCGAAUCAAAGGUGUCACCCAAAAAGUCAGCUAUCAGUUCUCUCACCAGUUCUUUUGAAGUUCCCAUGAGAAGUACAAUACCAAAGUCAGUAAAAGGUACAGAGAAUACUACUCUUUGGUUUCCAAUUCUGCCAGAUCAUGGAAGAUCAAAUGUUCAGUACUUUACCCUUGCUAUACGGGAGGAAUGCGCCACAGGUGACGGUGAUGUGGGCGAAAAUGAGACAGAAGAUGAUGAAGGGCGUACUAUCUACCCGUAUGAACGUCUGACGACCAGAGCUGAAGAUCCUGUCCCUGACAUAGACGUGACCAAGCGAGAGUCCUACUUAUCAUCAGCCGAGUUCAGAGAGAAGUUCAGCAUGACGAGGGCGGCGUUCUACAAGCUUCCUAAGUGGAAGCAGAAUAAACUGAAGUCUGGUGUUCAGCUCUUUUAGCCUGCCCGAGGUCAAGACAGCAGCCUUUUGUGAGGACCAAGGACACCAGUUUUUGUUUUGAGUUCUUGUAUUCCCUAGUUAGAGCUUUUUUUCCUUUUAUUUUCGUUUUUUA